AUUUCUCUCAUUACGCGUUUGACGUUUCGCGUUUCUUCUUUCUCUGUUCUUUCCUUCCCAGACUGUCUGUUCAUCAAGUGUUCAUACUUCUUCCGGUAUACAUAUAUAAUCUAUCUUUCAGAUCGCUUUCUCUUCUUCAAUUCGAAACCCCAAGAGCCAAACAUGGCCUUCUACCACCAUCACUACCUCUUCUUCUUCGCCUUUGUCUCCAUCUCUCUCCCAAUCUCCAUCGCCCAAACGGCGGCCCCUGCACCUGUCUCCGAUGUUUGCAACGGUAUUUUCUUGUCCUACGAAUACAUCAAGGGAUCUCGCCUUCCUCCGGUUGUCUCCGACCCUUCUAAUCAGCCUUACAAGUUCGAAUCCACCCUCACCAUCCUCAACAAUGGUCUCGAGGACCUCAAAUCCUGGAACAUCUUCGUUGGUUUUCAACACAACGAGCUCCUCGUCUCUGCUUCCAAUGCCGUCUUGGCCAAUGGCACCACUCUCCCCACCCGCGUCGGCAAUGGAAUUACCUUUGCUGGAUUUCCCACCACUGAUCUCAAGACGGCUGUCGAGACCGCCGGAGAUGAAACCCAGAUGCAGGUCCAGAUUCAAUUGGUCGGUACCCAGUUUGGCGUUAAUAUUACCAACACUAUUGACGUUCCUAUGCCCUCCAACAUUUCUCUUGUCAACGAAGGCUACACCUGUCCUAAACCCACUAAUCAAGGGAAACGUAAGAUGUAUGCGUGUUGCAAUAAAGACCCAAACUUUGUAUCAAACGUCACCAAAGAAGAGUUCUUGCCCCGAAGAAGUGGUGAUCUCACAAUUACCUAUGAUGUGGUUAGUGCAUAUGACACAGAUUAUUGGGCUCAGGUCACAAUCACAAAUAACAACCCUCUUGGUCGUCUUGAUAAUUGGAAGCUGAAGUGGCAGUGGACGGGAGACGAAUUCAUUGCAGCCAUGAAGGGUGCUUAUCCAUCUGUUGUUGAUACAACAGACUGCAUUUAUGGUCGACAAGGGGUGUUCUACAAGGGUCUAGAUUUCUCCACUGUCUUGAAUUGUGAGAAAACACCGACCAUCAUUGACCUUCCUCCCACAAAGGCCAAUGAUUCAAAGGUGGGAUUGAUCCCUUUCUGUUGCCGGAAUGGAACAAUCUUGCCUGCAUCCAUGGAUCCAAGCAAGUCAGUUUCUGUUUUCCAGAUUCACGUCUAUAAAAUGCCACCAUAUCUCAACCGGACUAAACUCGUCCCACCACAAUACUGGAAUAUAAGUGGCACGCUCAACCCAGAUUAUCAGUGCGAGCCUCCCAUUCGUGUCAGUCCUAGCCUAUUUCCAGACCCAAGUGGGUUGCCAUCAAGUUCAUCAGCGAUCGCUAGCUGGCAGGUGGUCUGCAACAUUAUACAGCCCAAGGAAAAGGAACAACGUUCACCUUCAGGAUGCUGUGUUUCAUUCUCUGCAUUCAACAAUGAUUCUGUGAUCCCUUGCCCGACCUGUGCCUGUUGCCAAAGUAAUAAUCCUAGCAAUACAUGUAAUGCUACUGCACCAGCACUUCUCCUGCCAUCUGAGGCUCUUCUUGUCCCAUUUGAGAAUCGAACAAAGCUGGCUUUGGCUUGGGCAAAUUUGAAACACCUAACUGUGCCAAAUCCAUUACCCUGUGGGGAUAACUGUGGAGUGAGCAUCAAUUGGCACCUAUAUACAGACUACAGAAAUGGUUGGAGUGCAAGAAUAACACUCUUCAAUUGGGAUCAGACCAAUUUUGCUGAUUGGUUUGCCGCAGUACAGUUUGGGAAGGCAGCUCCUGGUUUUGAAGCAAUGUAUUCCUUCAAUGCAAGUAUGGUGGUGGUGGAUGGCGUUAACAACACCAUAUUUAUGCAGGGUUUUCCAGGAUUUAACUAUCUUGUAGCAGAAAAAGAGGGAGCUAACCCAAGGACUGAUCCCAGAGUACCGGGGAAACUGCAGUCAAUUAUCUCAUUUACUAAAAUGAACACCCCUGGUAUCAAUGUGGCAGGUGGAGAUGGUUUCCCUACCAAAGUCUUCUUUAACGGGGAGGAAUGUUCUCUCCCCACAGUUCUUCCAACAAGCAUCGGUCAUAAGAUGGUGGCAUCUAAGAGCAUUUUGAGUUUCCUUCUAUCUAUUGUAGCUCUCAUGUUGAUGCAGCUAUAGAUGUGGCUUCAGUGCAUGACGAAGGAUUGUUUUGUAGCCGAUGCAGAUUCUUUGAUUCUUUUGGUUAUUUGAUUGGUCAUAGCUGGAUCCAUGUUUGGCAGAAUGAGGAAGAAACCACCAAUUAGAGGUGUGUAUAGGGAGAUCUGAGAAUUUGUUGCAGCUGGUAGUUACCUUUGUAAGGUUGCAGAAACGUUCAGAUUCAGAGGGAGGACUGCGAGUUUCAACUUUCAACACAAAUCAUUUAUGUGAUGUAUUUCGUUUCCUUUUACAUGUAUAAUCAUGUCAUGUUUUAAUAGAAAAUUUAUUUACAUAAAAAACAGAUGUUAACUUCUGAUGAUCUUAUCUAGAUCUGUUAAUGUACGUUAGUUGACUGGAAUCUGGAUCACCUCCCAAAUGAGAAGAUGACCUGGUCUCGGGCUCUCAGCUUCAUGCAGUUUCGCUGAGAACAGUUACUUGCCUUCGGAAUCAAAUCUGGCCACAGCUUUCGUCAAUUAAAAAAAAGGUGUGGAAUGGGUCUUAAAACUGUUUCUUUUUUCGUUUGUGUCUCAAGUUCUUUUUAUCAGAGAGCAUUUCAAUGCGCAUUUAGAGUCCGGAUC